AUACAGGCCUAGAUCUUUAGGCUAUGUGUUGCUGAUGUGGUUGGUGAACAUAGACAGGCUGCUGAUGUGGUUGGUCACAAUCCCUCAAAAUGCCUGAGUCCUACUUGUGGCUAGUGAAUCAUGCAGGAGUGGCUUUCACACUUAGCACUAACAAGAGGACGUUCCAACAACUUGAGAACACCUGGGGGAACUCUGUGACAGUCAAACGGCUUUCAGCGAGCCACUGGUGUGCUUGGGCCAUCGGCCAUGACCACAGGGUGUACACUUAUGUUUUAUCUUCUGAUGUGCCCAUACGGGUUGCUGAAACCACAUAUGAAAACCAGCGCUGGAGCAUAUUUACAGCAGCUUACUCAAAAAAAAGUUUGCUACCGACUGAUCGUCCACCAUGGAGUGAUGAGCAAGGGGUGGAGGAAAGGCCAAAAGAAAGUGUUAGACUACCAUCUGCUCAUUGGGUCUGGGAUGGGGACUGGUUCAUUGAUGACAACCUGCGUGGAGAUGUUGUAGGAAUAGAGGGCUGGCAGUAUGCUGUCGACUUCCCCAGUCUAUAUACACCAGAUAAACAUUGGAACUCUUUUGUUAGAAAACGGAAAUGGAUUAGGUUUCGUCGCUUCUCAUCAACAGAUGAAUGGGCAAGGAUCUCCGACAUGGAGGUGGUAGAAAAAACAGAAUGUUUUAUUGACAUCAGCCUUGGUGGCUUUCUGCUUCCCUCACAGCCUCAGGGCUUUCUCUCAGUCUGGGCCAUCACUAAUAAUGGACAUGUAUUUGUCCGUACCAAUGUGAGCUCUGAGAACCCUGAAGGCAGCAGUUGGAGGGAACUUGAGCUGGCAGACCACAACGGCAUCAUCAAUAUCUCUGUGGGGGCCACCAAUCUAGUGUGGGCUAUCACAUGGGAUGGCCACGGACUUGUCAGAUCUGAUGUUAACAGGAACAAUGUUUAUGGAUCCAGUUGGAUGAUGGUUGAGUAUCCUGAUGAGAAAACCAGACUUGCACAGGUAGCUGUGGGGCGACAUGCAGUCUGGGCACUGAGCAGGGAGGGACAGGUGUGGUUUCGUAAAGGGACAAGUGGUGAUGGUAUGUUCUGGGAUCUGAACUCAGCUGUAGGGACCAGCUGGGUGGAGAUGGUGGGGAGGAUGUCACAUAUAAGUGUCUCUUCUAAUGACCAGGUGUUUGCGAUAGACAUUGGCAAUAAAAUUGUCUACUUCCGCACUGCUGUGAGCUCGACAGACUUGACAGGCAAGAUGUGGCAGCCAGUGACGCUGCAAGAGGACCUACUGGUGCUGGAGAGACAGGGUCUUUAUGGAGAAGGUGGAGUCUGCUCUUGUGGGGUGGAGGACAAGAUCUGCGCCCUUCACCCACGCCCCAGGUCUGUCUCUACACUGACCAGCUGUAGCAGUGCCAGCACCUUGACCAGCCAUGAGGAGCCAGGCUGCAACCUCCCCUCCCCACUGGUCUGGCCUGAGCACUCGGGGCCCUACAUGGACGGCCAACUGUCUACGUGGAGCAACCCUCUUUUUCUUCUUGGCCAAGAGGAGGAGGUUGUUAGUUCACAACAAGCAAAUGGUAUACAGGAGAUUGUUAGUUCACAACAAGCAAAUGGUAUACAGGAGGAGAUUGUUAGUUCACAACAAGCAAAUGGUAUACAGGAGGAGAUUGUUAGUUCACAACAAGCAAAUGGUAUACAGGAGGAGAUUGUUAGUUCACAACAAGCAAAUGGUAUACAGGAGGAGAUUGUUAGAUCACAACAAGCAAAUGGUAUACAGGAGGAGAUUGUUAGUUCACAACAAGCAAAUGGUAUACAGGAGGAGAUUGUUAGUUCACAACAAGCAAAUGGUAUACAGGAGGAGAUUGUUAGUUCACAACAAGCAAAUGGUAUACAGGAGGAGAUUGUUAGUUCACAACAAGCAAAUGGUAUACAAGAGGAGAUUGUUAGAUCACAACAAGCAAAUGGUAUACAGGAGGAGAUUGUUAGUUCACAACAAGCAAAUGAUGUACAGAUUUCAGGCCUAGACGCUGACUCACACAUAACUGUCAGCAAACAAUUUGACUCACACACUGACCAGCAGCCAGAUUUUAUUCUCCUUCCCAUGGGCAGUGAAGACAUUUUGCCAGAUGGUAUAUUAAACAGUCUGACAAUGGAAGGGAACAAAAGCUGGAGCAAGAUGGAAUUGGUGGUCAACCAGCAAGAAUCAAGUUGUGUACAGGAACUUGAUUCAGUGAAGGGUACUAACACAGAGAUAGUGGCUAGUCAGUCUGUCACAGUGACUAACUCAGGUCAGCUUGUCAAAGUGACUAACUCAGGUCAGCUUGUCAAAGUGGCUAACUCAGGUCAGCCUGUCAAAGUGGCUAACUCAGGUCAGCCUGUCAAAGUGGCUAACCACCUAAAUGACCAGCAGCACCCAGCUGACCACCCAGCUGACCACCCAGCUGACCACCCAGCUGACCACCCAGCUGACCACCCAGCUGACCACCCAGCUGACCACCCAGUUGACCAGCAGCACCCAGCUGACCACCCAGCUGACCAGCAGCACCCAGCUGACCACCCAGCUGACCACCCAGCUGACCACCCAGCUGACCAGCAGCACCCAGCUAACAACUUGGAGGUGAAUGACAGUCUAUGUAAAUCCAAUAAUUAUGUUAACCACAACUGUGAAAAAAAUAGCAACAACACAUUUCAAACCAGCACCACAUAUCAAAGCUCAAAUAAAAUCAAAGCUGCUAAAAAAAUGCUACAUGAGUCAGACUCUAUUGUUUAUAAAGAAAAAAGGAGAAGACGUAAACCAAAGCCAUCCAAUGAGAAAGCUGCAGCUAGUGGUCGAGAUAGACAGGGGGCUCAAGUGUUGCAGGACUUAGAGGACAUGGACCAAGCAGGUCCUACAGCAUCUGAUACCCCAGGUCCUUCUCUGUCUCUUGUCACACUUUCUGCAGCUGCUGAUGUUGCUCGUCCUAUAGAUAUUGAGGCUGCCACCCCCACUAAGGAUGUUGUAGCCACCCCCACUAAGGAGGUUGUAGCCACCCCCACUAAGGAUGUUGUAGCCACCCCCACUAAGGAUGUUGUAGCCACACCCCCCACUAAGGAUGUUGUAGCCACACCCCCUAAGGAUGCUGUAGCCACCCCCACUAAGGAUGUUGUAGCCACACCCCCUAAGGAUGCUGUAUCUACUUGUACUGAGGCUGCCCCAGCCAGUAAUGUCCCAGCUUGUCAAACUGUGGGUAGUGGUACAGUGCCUCUUGUAGCAGCAGACUCAGGUCACCAGCAACUGGACUCCCUGUCCUCAGAUGACAUCAUCAACUUUGUCACUGACCUCAUGUCAGAUGAGGAACAGCAACAAGCUAACCAGCCAUUGGCAAUGAAAGAUAAUGAAGAAUUUGAUUCCCUCCAGCCUGGCCCAAUGUUGUUCCCAGUGGGUGGCUGGCCUCACCAGCCCCUGCCUCACCAGCCCCUGCCACAGGAACAUUUGAAGAGUCAGACAUUCCCUGACCUGUCUCUGGCGCACACUAGUAAAAAAGGUGGCAAGUACCGCAAGUCCCGCUCCUCCCCCCUGAUGGUGUCUCCAGAUGGCUCCUCAAUAAUGAACUUGACUGUGGCUCAGCCCAGACUUUGCUGGCGCUGGCUGGAUGCUACUAGCUGUGUUGUGGAGGACCCUGCUCUGGUUGACUGGCUUUCUAAUAACAAAAAAGACUUGGAAACAAAAGUGGUGCCAAUCCAGAGGGAGCUGAGAGAUACAAUUUUAAAAAAGAUAAGUGAGCGCAACAAGAAGGAAUUUAUGAAAGACAUUGAGCCAGCUAUAAAUACAACAACUUGGGUCAAGAAAUCUGUGAUGCACAUGUACCAGUACGGCAGACAUCAGCAGUGGGUGCCGUGCAGUGUGGAGCUGGAGCAGGGUAUUGGGAACCUCUCUGAGGGCUGCUUGACUGUUCACUAUCAACACAAGCGACAACAGAAGCACAAACAGAUCCUCUUGGUUGAGAUGACCUGUGUUAAGAUGUGUUCUGACCCGGAGUUGACUGCAGGUUUCACCAUCUACACAUCACUGAGCAACAUCAUUCAUCAGCCACUGAUGUUGAGAGCUUCGUCUGAGACAGAGGCUGUAGAAUGGAUUGGUUACUUGUGCUCAGCCAAUGCUAAUGCCUGGAACCUCACCAAUCCUGUCUUGCCUGGUGCCAUUUGGUCCUGUACAUUAACAGGGGAUGUCUUUGUUUCACCCCCUGCCACUGUGCACAAAAAACCUUUUGAUUUAUGUUGGGGCCAGCAGGGAGGUCACCUGAGUGUAGUUGAGACUGGACCAAGUGGAGUCACAUGGGGGCUGGGCUUUGACCGAAUGCCUUAUGUUUACAAUGGUGGAUUUGGUGGAGCUUUCACUCAUGGUGUCUGCUCCAUGUCUGACAACAUUCUCCAAAUCUCAGACUCACAGCGCGUCUUUGUCUACGAGACUGAGAAGUGGUUCCCUCUGGUGGGCUGGUGCUGCAAGGGAGUGUUGAGCAACAACUUCCAUUGGCUGACAGAAUCUGGCCGCAGUAUGGCCUCUAAGGAUGACGUGAAACUUCCAUCCUCCAAGUGGCAUUGGACCAGUGAUUGGACUGUAGACUUCAGCACAGAAGGUGGCGUGGACAAAAGUGGUUGGCAAUAUUCACAUUAUCUGUAUGGACCAUUCCAUUCAAACCAACAUUUGCGCGAUUCUUACAGACGACGUAGGUGGGUCAGACGCUGUAAGACCACUUUGUUUGGUCCCUGGCAGACGGCAGGCUCCCUCUGUCUGACUGACAUCUCCAUCCAGAUUGACCCAGUCACCUCCCCUGCUGAUCCUCUUGUGGUUUGGGCCAUAGGGGCCAAUGGAGACGUGUUGUACCGCAAUGGUGUCACCCUUAGCAACCACCUGGGCCACAACUGGGUGCAUGUAGCAACUGCUCUAGACAAACCCUUCAGGUCCAUCUCUGUGGGGGGCAAGUUUAGAAUCUGGGGAAUUGCCAGCGAUGGUUCUGCAUGGUUUAGACCUGGUGUUACAUGGCAACAACCUAGUGGAACAUGUUGGUUGCAGGUUGUGCCACCCCCACCAAGUGACUUUCUGCUCCAACAAGUUUCUGCUGGUGCCACAAGUGUGUGGGCUGUUGAUACAGGCAACAAUUUGUGGAGGAGAGAAAACAUAACAGCCACAUUUCCAGAGGGCACAGCGUGGGAGUUGGUGGCUAGCCAUGUCAAGAGGGUUUCUGUAGGGCCACAUGAUGAGGUUUGGAUUGUGGCUGAUGCUUUUUUCUCCCGCUCGAAGCAUGGACCAGGCAUGAUCUACAACAGACUUGGAAUUUCAUCAUCAAAUCCUUCAGGCUCAGACUGGGAGGUGGUUAUAGGGAGCGGUUGGGCCCAUGUGUCAAUUCGAGGAGUUUCCCCUGCUCAACAAGGGGAAUGGUUGACACCGAAAGAUGAGAAAUGGUAGUGAGAGAAAGAUGAGAAAUGGCAGUGACAGAAAGAAUGAGAAAUGGCAGUGACAGAAAGAAUGAGAAAUGGCAGUGACAGAAAGAAUGAGAAAUGGCAGUGACAAAAAGAUGAGAAAUGACACUGAAAAAAAAAAGCUAAAUACAUUCCAUCCAUUAGUUGUUGCAAGCAGUUGAGGUUGGAUUUAAAUGUGAGAGAAUAAAAUUGUUAGUGUGAUAUUGUUAUAUUUAUAAGAUGCCGUUUUAUAAGGUUGUUUAUGUGACCCUAUGUUGAAUGUUUAUAUGGCCCUAGUUUUAAUUAAAGGUUAUGUUUAUAUGACCCUAUGUUGACAAGUUGAAUGUUUAUAUGGCCCUAGUUUUAAUUAAAGGUUAUGUUUAUAUGACCCUAUGUUUAUAAAAUUAUGUUUGUUUCAAAUGUAUAUAUUGGGUAGAAUCAUUUUAAAAAUAUAUUUACAAUGUACUUAAAUGCAUUUGGUCAUUGCAAUGUGGACACAGAAGUUUGGACCAUGGAGAGAAUGUUUGUUGUUCCUAAUGCUUAAUUUUUUUAUUGCUCAGUAGGUAUUUAUUUAUAUGAGUUAAAAUAAAAACAGGCUUUGCAUUUA